ACAACACAGCUGAUUUUGAUUGUCACUUAUCGCGCUCGCGCUUGUUUUAAAAGUUUUGAUCAAUUAUUUUUGUUUGUUUUUGUCUUCGGAUUUGGAUUUUUUUUAUAUUUUGAUAUUUUUGUACAAUUAAACAAUUUCUAUUGAGUCUAUCAAUUCAAAACACAAACUAAUACACUUCGCAUGAACAUUCAUUAGUUCUUUGAUAAUGUCUUAUGUUCAAUGUCCAACGAGCCCAAUUUUCAACACCAGUGUUGAACAAAAGAAACAUUCACGGCAAGCCGCGAAAGUAAGACAAUUUCAAUUCGGUUCCCCACAACUUCGUGAAUUACUACGAGAGAAGUGUCGAAUCCGAGUCAGAGAAGCCCGAAAAACAAAAUUCGAUGGAUCCCGUUGUGUAGGAAAACCGGGAGAGAAUAGUUUUGUGAGUAAAAUCCUACGACAAGAAUUAGCCGACCUAGAAACUGACUUUGAUCUACAAGAACUCAUCUACACAGAGUUAAUUGACGAGAUGAACAUGUGGUUUGUCCAGCAAAUGGAAGAUGAAGAGGAAUAUCUAAUAAAUGUCGGUGACAAUAAUGACGAAAUUGUAUUCUGCCCAGUGUGCCAAAAGUCUGAGAUGAAACUCCAUCCAGACACCAAGCUAGUCGUAUGCCAAUGUGGAGUUUCGUUCAAUUUCAAUGGAAACCUUCUACUUCUUGGAGAGACUUUGAAAAAGACUUUUGCCCAACAUGAAUUGAACUGUGGUCAGAUGUUGAACUUUUUUGUGGAACAAAAUUCAUCGAAUGGAAGCGGAGCAAUUCUCAAUACGAUGUGCGAAAGUUGCGAUUACUUUAUCAGCGUUACUUAACUUUGUUCUUUACUCGUUUUGUUUUUUAAUUGUAGUCUCCAUUUAUUCAUGUUUAUAAAUUAUAGUUUUUCUUGAA